CUUGUUUUUAUAUAAAACAUUUUAUUUUGUUCUUUCACUUCACAAGAAUAUUCUUUAAAAAAAAUGGGGUCAUGUAACUACCAGAAGAAACGAAAAUGACCUCAGAACCUCGCUGCUUUUUUUAAAGGCUAUCUGAAAAGCUACUAGUAUUCUUAUAGGUAUUUAAGGGCUCAUAAGGUCUUUUGAGUAUGUAUUUAUAUUUUUAUUUCGUUUUUUAUUUUAUUAAAUGGGUAUCUAAUCCAAAUCAGAAAAAAAAUGUUACAGAAAAAUACGCAUAUUCUUGGUUAUUAUGUUAGAUUUUUUUUUGAGUAAUCCUAUUUGAUAUGUCUUACAAAAUAAGAAAUGGAGGUUACAGGAAAAAAAACUUAUCUCUAGUUUGUUUUUCACUUUUCUUCUUUCUCCAUUAAGAUUUCAAUUGAAACGUCACGUUUUUCUUCCACUGUCAAGUCAUAUAGCCUUGUAAAGGGAGUAGAAAUGGAGAAAUUCUCCUUUUAAACUACAAAAAAAAAGGGAUAGCUAUGUAGUGCCUUAACCCCUUGAAAGCCUUUACAUCAGUGAUGGCCAACGCACAUAUAAGCAGCCUUUACUACACGACCCUGUCCUUUAAUUUCUCUACGACAAACCAUAUUUUUAAAAUAGGUGUAUAACUGGAGCGUUGAAGGUCUGAAGUCGAUAAAUCCUUACUUUUUCACAGAUUCGCCAUGUUUGCUGAGUCGCAUUUAAGAAUGAGUGGUUGAAAAGAAUCUUGAUGACAAAGGACGCGGCAGUAAAAGUACAAACUUUUAUUGUCGCUUUUAUGAACUUCAUUCAUAGAGCCUGAAUUUAAUAAAGGGUUAGAACCCCUUGUCGGCUACACUGACAGCUUCUUUCGAACCACCCCUUACCCAUGGCCUAGUUUCGAAGAUCUCUUUGACGGCGCUCCCUGAUGUUCACACAACGAGAUCGUGUAUUUCUUCGGGGGUGUUUGUCAAAUAAACUAAUUGGCUUCGCCCAACUGUGUUAUAAUUAUUAUCAUUAUUGUGUGCAUUUUUUUUUUGAUGCCUCUAAUAUCGUCUAUAAAACCGAUAUAGAGACUUCUUUCAGCAUAUUUUCAUCUCUUCUUGAGUUGAAUUUGUCCUAAGGUUGAACUUAUUUACUCCGCUUGUAUUAUUUAUUAGAUUGCAUUAAAGAUUGAAGAAGGAUCAUGCUCAGUCUAAAGUAGUGUCCAUUAAAUUUAUUCUGUCGCUUCGGCGCGAAUGAUCCUCGCAUUUCCCACCUCAACAUCUGUGUAGGACAAAAGCUAUUAUUUAUGCUUGCGAAUAACUACUCCGACUCACCUUUUAGAUUGUCUUGCGCUUAGCCAAUCUUUUUGACUUCAUACAAAAACUAUAUCUCUUUAGUCAAGCCUUUUUAAUCCUGAUGAUGGACAGCUCCGUCGCUCCGUUUGUUUUGGCGUCGGUGUGGCUUUUCUUUUUCUUUCUGUUGUGUCUCACAUCCGUCUUUUGUCUGAAUUGGUUUAUGCAAAAGCGCCAGCGCUAUGCCAACAUUAUUGAGGAGGAAAAUCAGGACCUGGUCGAGGUGCCGAUGGGAUCCGCCCCGGCAGAGAAGUCCGCCGCGGCGUUAUCGCAAGAUAUGCCGCAUUCAAAGCCCGAAAGUGUCAGGGCGUCGUCAUCCGGGAGAUCCAAGAAUGCCUCCCGGCAGCGCUUUUUGGAAUCGCGGCGCGCCACGGCCCAACAAAACUACGGCUCACUCUCGGAAGGUCCUGACGCCGUGGCGUAAAAAUCGCCCGAUCGAUUAGUGGUGCUUGAGGACGGUUGGGUUUCCGUCGUUAAAAUACAGGUUAUGUGCGAUAGGUGAUCUUGAUGGAAGAAUAGCGUUGGUAUUAAGCGUGUUUGUUUCUUUUUUCGAAUUGAAAAAAGAUAAAUUGAUUUUUGUAUUGAAAAAUAAAAGAUGAUGAUAUUGUAUGCUUUUUUGCUCUUCAGAUGUCAUGGAAUAUCAUUAUAUAUGUGUGAGUUUGUGUGUGUGUCUAUUUAUUUGUGU